CAUCGUGAACUUCCGGCGCACGGAGGCGACAAACAUCCGCUCGGCUAAAGCAGCAGCUAAAGCAGCAGCUAGGUGGAAAGCACGCACCCCCCCUCCCCCCGGACUGUGCGCGAAGAGAGAAGGCAGCUCUGUCACCGGACUCCUUCCCCCUGAAGCUUCAUCAUUAGGCGGCAGCCGCUGCCGUAACUGACACAGACAAAUAUGACAGAGCCACGCAAUCCAGGGACGUCCUCCAUCCCGCAGACGGCCCCAGCACACACAGACUCCACUUCGCCGGCUGUGGACAUGGACCCUGUGGAGUAUACCCUUAGGAAGCGCCUCCCCCGCAAACUCCCGAAGAGACGCAACGACGUCUAUGUCAACAUGAAGACGGAUUUCCGUGCUCAGCUGGCUCGCUGUCAGAAGCUUCUGGAAGGCGGGGGUCACAGGGAGAUCUGUGUCCACGGCCUGGGCCUCGCCAUCAACCGGGCCAUCAACAUUGCCCUUCAGCUGCAGGCCAGCAGCCAGGGGGCGCUGCAGCUGGCGGCCAACACCUCUACGGUGGAGCUGGUGGAUGACCUGGAACCUGAGGAUCCCGACGAGGCCGGGGAGCCCAUGACACGUACACGCAACAACUCGGCUAUUCAUAUCAAGGUUUUCUACCCGGACCCUCAGUGACAGGAAUGAGGUCUGCCCGGCGUGUGGCAGAGUGGCAGCGUUCCCCAGGAGACCAGCAAACCUGGUCGGUGGGGGCUGUUAUUGUGGUGACAUUUAAUGGCAGAGCACUGCAGAAUGGAGCAGACAAGCUUACAGUGUGAUUGUAUCACUCAACCAUGUGGGCACGGACAGCUGUACUUGUCUGAAUAUAUAGUGCUGUUACUUUUGUCAUGUGUUGUGUCCUGCCUUUUUAAGUUUGCAUGUGUUGAAGCAGCAGUGGUGGUGUUGUUAAGGUGAAACCUCAAUGUAAUUUAAUUGUGUUCAUUUCAUGCACUUUUACAUGUGAAAUGUAAACGUAAGAGUAUCUUUAAUUUGAACACCCAAAGGUCUGCGCAAGGGUUUAGUUUCAUGUUUUGACAGAUACAAAUAAGUGAAAAACAUACUAGCAGGUUUCUAGCAGGUGUUGUCAGUGUCCACUAGAUGUCAGUAGUCAGGCUCGCAGGAUGUUAUCCCUCUGCAAACUAAUAUCAGUCUUUUCCUUAACCUGGUUUAUAACAUGGGUUCAGCUGAGGUUCAAGGAAUCUGAUUCCUAUAUUUGGCUUUGUGUCGUUGAACUAAUGUUGUUCCCUUUGGUUAGAAUGGAUGUCGUCGACAGGUAUCUAGAACACGAUGAAAUAAAAUCAAAUUUGCUUUCGA